UGCAUGAUGAAAGUGCCACGUAGAGGGAGCAGCUGCUGCACCUCCAACAUUUGUUCACACUCUCCAGUUCUCUGCUGUUUCCUGAGCACCGUGCAGCGUGCAGCAUGCAGCGGACGGUGCUGAGCUGGCUCUGCGGCGCCCUGCUGCUGCUGGCGGCCAGCGGGGGGAAGCUGCCCGAGGCCGAGGUGGAGGUGGAAGUCAUGCACAGACCUUUCCUCUGCCACCGCAAGUCCAAGUACGGAGACAUGCUGCUGGUGCAUCAUGACGGGUACUUCGAGAACGGGACCGUGUUUCACUCCAGUCGAGAUCAGGCGGGCGACAGUGGGGCCGUGUGGUUCACGCUGGGCAUCAAGGAAGUGAUCAAAGGCUGGGACAAAGGCCUGCAGGACAUGUGCUCUGGAGAGAAGAGGAAGCUGGUCAUACCUCCUGCCCUGGCCUAUGGAAAGGAAGGGAAAGGUAAGAUCCCACCUGAGAGCACACUGACCUUCAUCAUCGAGUUGCUUGAGAUCAGAAAUGGACCGAGGUCACACGAGUCCUUCCAGGAGAUGGACCUCAACGACGACUGGAAGCUCUCCAAGCACGAGGUGAAAGAGUACCUGAAGAAAGAGUUUGAGCGCCAUGGUUACCCUCCCAACGACACGCUACACGAGAACAUGGUGGCGGAUAUCUUCGCCAAAGAAGAUGAGAACAAAGACGGCUUCAUAUCCUCAAGAGAGUUUACGUACAAACACGAUGAACUUUAACAGCGCUCAUGCAGUCUGCCAGUCUUUUUUUAUUUCAUGGUGGAAAUACUUUGGUGCUUUGGAGUGCAUCACAAACACUCUCUCAGGUUACCUCAAAGUAUUUCAGUUUUACAGAAACAUGUUUGUGUCGUGCGUGUCGUGUGAGCGCCUCCUGUGUGAAGAUUUGUGUGGUACGACUGGAGCCAACAAGGUUUUUUAAUCAGUUCAUUUCUGUGGUGUUUUGCUUCAGCAGGUCUUUGUAUUUUUGUGUGUUUUUUUUCUACUUGAAAACCUCUGUAUACAUUUUAAAGCAACUAAAUGAACCUUUGUGGAGAAAGAGAUAGUUGGUUGUUGGGUUUCAUCCCCAGAUCGUCAAAUACUGUCAACAGAACCGUCUGUGUCUGACAACCUGGAGUUGAAACCCAACAAUCAACUGUCACUUUCCCAGGAAGUUACAUUUUGUUGCUGUAAGACUGUAUUAUUAUUUGUGACAAUACCUGUAAUGUAAGAUGAUAAAGUAUCUGUUACUGAA